CUCAAAUUUCCCAAUCCCUCACCCUUGAAACAGUUUGCCCCAUUGCCUGCAAUUACCUCUCUCUGAUUACCACUGUCCUGAUGGUCUUCUUCAGACAUCUCCACUCCAAUCACACUGGGGAAGUUUUAAGCAUUAAGAACCUCCAGUAGCUCCUAUUACCUCCUACUCUUCCACAAUUCCACCCUUCUCAUUACUUUCCUACCCUGCCAUUUGCUCCUUUUCUGGGCAGCAGUUUAAGUGACUGCCCACAUUUUUCUCAUUUGCUCCACUUUCACCUUGGCAAUGGUUAGUGACUGCCUAUCAUCCUGUCCUCUCUCUCCCUCAGAGGUCUUCUACUACCUCCACCCCCUUCAAUCUCUAUCCUCUCCACCUUUUUUCCCUUCCUCCUACACCCUUUCCCUUCCUCUUUCUGCAGGUGACUACUUCUCUCCUUCACCUCUCAUGGUCUGGGGGAGGUCUACCUUCACCUCUUCCUACUCAAUACAUUUCUUUUUCCUCCCACACUGCCCUCCUCAAUCUUCACUUUUCUUGUGCCCCCCCCCCAAAAAAAACCUGUUUUCUAGGGGGGGGGUUUCCCUCCUCCUUUUCUCCCACCGAUCUUGCACAGCCAACACUUCUUAAACAUCUGGCUCUGAUUCUCUCGUCUCCCACCCGCUGGCACAAUCUCAAGCAAUGCACGCCCUCGGAUACCCCCUUCUUCAAGGGAACUAAACUCCAAAGACUCCUCCAGUUCCAACUUUCCACGUUCUUCAUCCCUCAUUUUCUCCUUCCGCUACGCUUGCUUCUUCCUUUCCUCCGGGCCUCUUCGGCUCCGAGUGGCUCCCGUCGACGUCGCCCUCUCUUUUUGCCCAUUGUGCCGGUCAUCUCAGCUCUGCCUCUUCGGUCAACCAUCCUCGGGAAUCUGAUGGCGGCCUGCCUGGGCUUCCGCCUUCUCUUCCGGUCUCCAGUCAAGCAUCCAUUGAUCUCCGGUGGCUGCUGGAAUGAGCUCUGCGGCCUUCGCCGAUUCGCCGUCCGGGAUAAAUUUGUGGGUUGGUGGAAAUCGACCGCCUGUUUUUCCACGCCGCAGCCGCUCGGGGUUUUUCCAGCCUGACUUCGGCGACCUCCGUGGCUCCGUCCCUCCAGCCUGGACCGGGUGGUUCUCUUAGAUUUUUGUGCUGAGUGUAAUUAACAAGAGAAGUGGGUCUAAUAAGUGCCCUGAUGGUGUGUUUGUGGAAAGGGAGUUUGGUGGAGAAUGAAAGAAUCCAAUCCUCCCAUUCAGAAGCAAGUUGAAAAAGAAAGAAAAAUUUAUGAGCCACAUCAAACAAUGCCCAGAACUGGAAGUUUCUUGGCAGUAAAGGUAUCAUGGACAAAGUGAUCUUCCAGUCUGCUAAUUAUCAGUGAUGGCUCUGAGAGGACUAUGGCUCAUCAGUCAUGAGCAAGAGGCACAAAGCACUGUGUUGUUUUCCAGACGUUACCCCACAGUUGAAAAGCGAGCACAGUUUUUCAAUGGGCCAAGUUAUGUGCCAAUACCAGAAGAUGGUCCUUUCCUUAAAGCAUUACUUUUGGAAUUGAGGCUGAUAGAUGAAGGUCAACACUUUGUGGAGUGUAGAGAUGGCUGUUCCAGAAUCAACAAGACCUCAGUCUAUACACUGCAGGUUGAAAGGAAGGAGCUCUGGCCUGUGGUAGCUUUCCGGAAGAGUGGAUUGAUUUAUGUUGGCCUCCCUUUAGUUGAACAGUCCCUUAUGCCACGGCCACCUCUCUUCAGUAUCAGUGGAAUCUCUCAGGCUUUUGACUUCUUGUCAGGUCUCCUGGCUUUUAUGAAUUCUAAUCAGAAGAGUGAAGCAGAGAGGAGUGCCAAAGUUGCCCAACUUCCAAGUUUGGUUAUGCAGGCCUGUCCUCUGGGCACUCCACUAGAUGCAAAUUUAAAUGGUUCAUUGGAAAACAGUCACAUUGCUGUAAAUAGUCACACUCAGAAACCACCAGCUUGGAGAACCAACACAUACAAGGGAAAGCCUCAAGUUAAUAUCUGUAUCAUUGAAAAAGUCAAAUCUGUCCAGUAUGACCAAAGGGAUGUGGCAGACAUGUGGCAAGUUUAUGGAACUAUAACAUGCAAGUGUGAUAUAGAAGGCACUGCUCCCAAUGUGACUGUUGGUUUGAACCUCCCUGCCAAUGGUUCUCCUCUCCAAGAUAUUUUGGUCCACCCCUGUGUAACAUCCCUUGAUUCUGCUAUUCUGACCUCCAGUAGUGUUGAUGCAAUGGAUGACUCAGCUUUCAGUGGACCUUACAAAUUCCCUCUGAUACCGCCUUCAGAUCUGUUUAAUCUCUGCUUUUACACCUCCCAGGUACCUGUUCCACCUAUUUUGGGAUUUUAUCAAUUGAAAGAAGAAGAAUCACAGUGGAAGUUCACAAUUCACUUGAAACUUCAUGAAAGUAUGAAAAAUACUUUUGAAUACUGCAAAGCUUAUAUUCCCUUUUUUAAUAGAGGUCCUAUUACUCAUUUGGAAUACAAACUCAGCUACGGCCAACUUGAGGUAUCAAAAGAGAAAAGCUUGCUGAUUUGGCUCAUAGGGCAAAAAUUUCCCAAAUCACUGGAAAUUUCUCUUACUGGGAGUGUUGCUUUUGGUCCAACAAAUCGGGAUCAGCCAGUAGAUGCUGUUUGUACUGGAAAUACUGCAUAUGUCAAACUUUAUUUUAAAAUCUUGGAUUUCACACUUACUGGAUGUUACACAGACCAACAUUCCAUCCAAGUCUUUUCAUCAGGCAAAGCAAAGAUCAAUACAGCUCGUGAGGUACUUUCAUCAGAUUAUUACAUCUGGAAUUCCAAAGCUCCAGCACCUGUUAUAUAUAGAACUUUACUUUUCUAAUUUUUCUAUUCAGUUUUGUACUAGGAAAAAAUAUAUUGCCCAAGUAUUUUACAUCAGUUCAAAGCUUCUGUUUGAGGUAAAACAAAAUAUUAAAUAUCAUUUAUCUAUUAUUUAAAAUGUCUGAAGUUUUUCUGUGAGUGUACUAUUACAUAAUAG